GUGUUAAUAUUUAUUCAUAUGUUGGAGAUGAAAAGGAACAUAAUCCAUAUACUCAAGGCCAUAUUACAUAUAUUUCUCCUGCUGUUUUUACUUUCUACAUGUGGAUACCUAUUCAGAUAUUUUUAGGAUGUUUUGCUAAAGAGCAUGUUACCACUAUAAGUUGGUAUUUUGUUGGUAUUGUUGCGUUAAAUUGUUUAUGGCUCAGGUUUUGGCAAGAGGAUGAGAUUUACUUAUCUUUAAUUGCAAUUCUUAUAAUGGUUGUUCAAUUAUCCUACAUUUAUUAUAUUCUUGAAUAUACGUAUUUACCUUACGGUGAUGAAGAUAGUAAAUUAGACAUCAUACUUGACAUAGCUCUUGUUCAUUUACCAUUCUGUUUAUAUCAUUCUUGGUCUGUUGUGUUAGUAGCUAUUACAACUUUCACUAUUUUCGUACCUGAAAAAAUAUCUGAAAAUCCAAGUUUAAUUGAAUUACUCCUAGUAAUAUUAUGCUUGAUUUUUUUUGAACUGAUCGCAAUUAUGUAUAUUGAAGUUAAUAAUAAUGUUGCCGGUUUCGCUGGAUUUUUGGCAAGUAUUAUUAUUUUGGAAAAAAAUGGAAUUUCAUACGAACAAGAAGAAUUCGUAAUUCAUUAUACUGCCAUUUUACUUU